UCAUGCCUUUUCCAGUGAAUUGAAGGUAGCAAAAUUCCAUUCGAAUUCCUUCGACAAAAAUCUUAUUAUCGCUCCAAUAACGGGCUAUCAACAAUAACUAUCCAACUUCGAUGAGACCAGUGUGCGUCCAAUAACGCAAGACAGCCGGCAUUCUGCACACAGCUUUCAGCUCCACCUGAUGGUGCGCACCCAGAACCGAACUCUGCACAUCACAGAAAUGGAGUGUCUCUUCGUGCUGCCCGAAUCUGUUUGACAGUUCGCAACUGACGUUCAUGUGUAUGUUUUGUCAUUGCCGAACAUCUGUUACUUCAGCGAUGUUUUCGUGAUUUUCUUGACUUCAUUUGACUUUUUUCGAUAAAGAUGUUCACGAAAUUAUUCAGCAUUUACUCCAAUGAAAACAGUUCUGUUUAGAGCAUUCUGUGUCCCACAAAAUCGUGAGUUUGUAUCGCAUUAACGACUGGAAAGUGUUUUCGUAGAAAGUGGAUUUGCCUUUUGUCAGUUUCGCAAGAGCAGAUAUUGAUCGGAGAAGCUUCUGCAACCAACCCUCAAUCACCUCCAGACGGCCCGCAUCCCCUUCCGAGCCAGCUGCGACACCGUUCUAACAACCUUCGGAACACGACGACCAAGUCCGAGAUUUAUUAUGUUUUUGACGGAUUUCCUCAGACUGAUAGUUUGUGCUUGCGUUUUCGGGGCUUCGUUUUCGCGCGUCGACGGCUCGGACAGGCCGCGCGUUUACAUGAACGAGUUCGCCGUCCGCAUCCCCCAGGGAGAAGAGGCGGCCAAUUCCAUAGCGGCCAAGCACGGAUUCAUCAAUCGGGGACAGGUUGGCAGUCUGAAAGGUUUCUACCUCUUUGAACACGUACAUGUGCACAAAAGAUCGCUAGAUACCAGUGAUGAACAUCAUGAAAAACUCAUCAAUGAACCUGAGGUUGUCUGGGUGCAACAGCAGCACGAGAAAAGACGAAGAAAGCGCGAUUACGCCCUACCAACCACCUUCGACACCUACCCAAACGACGAGAGUGAAUUCCUACCCCACAGCCGCCUGCACUACAGAGCCAUACCAGGAAUCAACUUCCCCGACCCUCUGUUCAAAGAGCAAUGGUAUCUAAAUGGAGGUGCCAAAGAUGGAUUAGACAUGAACGUGGGACCAACCUGGCAAAAGGGAUAUACUGGUAAAGGUGUAGUCGUUUCAAUUUUAGAUGAUGGAAUUCAAACUAACCAUCCGGAUCUAGCCCAGAACUACGACCCCCUGGCGAGCACGGACAUCAACGGCAGCGACGACGAUCCGAUGCCCCAGGACAACGGCGAUAACAAGCACGGCACUAGAUGCGCUGGCGAGGUUGCAGCGGUCGCCUACAACCAGUUCUGCGGCGUUGGCAUUGCGUACAAUGCGAGCAUAGGCGGUGUGAGAAUGUUAGAUGGCGUGGUAAACGACGCGGUUGAAGCCAGAGCUCUGGGCUUGAACCCCGAACACAUAGACAUCUACAGCGCCUCCUGGGGACCAGAAGACGAUGGAAAGACGGUAGAUGGACCAGGUCCGUUGGCCAGAAGAGCCUUCAUCUACGGAGUCACAAGCGGUCGUAAAGGAAAAGGUUCGAUCUUCGUCUGGGCUUCUGGAAACGGAGGAAGGCAUAUCGACUCUUGCAACUGCGACGGAUACACUAACAGUAUUUUCACGCUCAGCAUCUCUAGUGCCACGCAAGGAGGCUACAAACCAUGGUAUUUAGAAGAGUGCUCCUCGACAUUGGCCACGACUUACAGUUCGGGAACUCCAGGACACGACAAGAGCGUCGCGACGGUAGACAUGGACGCCAGGUUGAGACCCGAUCACAUCUGCACCGUAGAACACACCGGAACUUCCGCGUCCGCCCCUCUAGCUGCUGGGAUUUGCGCCCUGGCCUUGGAAGCCAACCCCAGCCUAACCUGGAGAGACAUGCAGUACUUGGUCGUUUUAACCUCGAGAGCAGCGCCCCUCGAGAAAGAGACUGGUUGGAUCUCCAACGGUAUGAAGAGAAAAGUAUCCCACAAAUUCGGUUACGGUCUGAUGGACGCGUCUGCUUUGGUCAACCUGGCCGAGAAAUGGACAACCGUGCCACCUCAGCACAUCUGCAAAUCACGUGAAAUCAGCGAAGAACGGGAGAUAGGCUCUAAGUACGGCGACGCCUUGAAUUUAGUCAUGGACGUAGACGCCUGCAUGAACACCCUGAAUGAAGUGAGGUACCUGGAGCACGUCCAGUGCAAGGUUACCUUACGCUUCUUCCCCAGAGGCAAUCUUAGAAUAGUGUUGACGUCGCCGAUGGGCACACAGUCCAUCCUACUCUUCGAGAGGCCCAGGGACGUGCUCAGCUCCAACUUCGACGACUGGCCAUUCCUCAGCGUCCAUUUCUGGGGCGAGAGGGCAGCUGGGCGCUGGACCCUCCAGGUCAUAAACGCGGGCGAGAGACGCGUCAACCAACCGGGCGUGCUGAAGAAGUGGCAGCUGGUGUUUUACGGAACGAAAGUGAACCCCGUGCGGCUACGUCAGACAUUAGGCCCGAACGUCAAGAGCACGUGGAAGCUACCGCUCGGUUCGUUCUUCUCGCCCACUCCCUCGGAGCCAGUAACCCAAGUGACCGAUAAUUUUUUCAGUCCCGACAUCUUCAAGAAUUUCAACAAUUUUGCGAACGUCUACACGUUCUCUGCAUCGGACCCCGAACAGAGUGUGACGUCGCUGGACGGCAAGAAGACGAUAGUUAGGCAGAAUUUGGAGAAUAACGAAAAUGACGAGGAGACCAAGGACGGUUGCGACGACCAGUGCGACUACCAGGGCUGCUUCGGGUCCGGACCCUCGAAGUGUAUCGCGUGUAGGAACAACAGGAUGGACGGGAACUGCGUGAGGGCAUGUCCUCCCAGGAGCUUCGCCGACCCCAAAGGUGUAUGUCAGAUGUGUCACGAAGCGUGCGAGACAUGCACCGGUCCCGAUCCGAACAGCUGCCUGACCUGCUCUCCCGGAUACGUUCGAGUCCUCGAUCUCGGCAUCUGUCUGCAGCAGUGCCCUGAAGGCUAUUUCGAAGAUUAUCUGCACAAGACCUGCGUAACUUGUCAACCAAACUGUUUGGCCUGUCAGGAAAGACCUGACCACUGUACAAGCUGUGACCACCACCUUCUCUUGUAUCAGAACAAAUGUCUAGCUGCUUGUCCAGUUGGCACCUACGAAACCGAAUAUUACACAUGCGAACCUUGCCACAACAACUGCGAGACCUGCAGGGGCUCCAACAGUUCGCAGUGCAUCUCGUGCAGCGCUGGUCGCUUCUGGCACGAGGGCGCUUGCAUCAAAGACUGUCCGGCACACCAUUUCUCCGACCUUCAUCAGAGGGAGUGCAUCGAAUGCCCCCCAGGAUGCUCGGAAUGCAACAGGACCACCUGCAUAUCGUGCCUGGAAGAUUGGCAGAUCAACGCCAAGGGGCGAUGCGUGCCCCACGGCAGCGAACGUUGCGAAAUAGAUCAGUACCUCGACGGUGGAAAUUGCAAACCUUGCCACUCUACAUGUGAGUCCUGCGACGGACCCACCGAACACGCUUGUUUGUCCUGCUCCAGUCCGCUGAUGCUGCAAGGGACCAAGUGCGUGGGAGCGUGCCGUAAAGGAUCCUUCCAAGACGAAAGCAGCAGAUCCUGUCAGCCAUGUCUUCACACCUGCGCCAAUUGCUACUCCAAAUCGAACUGCACAGAGUGCGCUAGUGGAUUAAAGCUCCAGGGCAGCGAGUGUCAGUCCACAUGUGCAGCCGGCUAUUACAGCGACAAAGGGCAGUGUCAGCGGUGCUACAUGAGCUGCAAGACAUGCAGCGGUCCGUUGCAGAACGAGUGCGUCACAUGUCCGUCCGGGUGGCAAUUGAUGGCCGGUCAGUGCAGACCGACUUGCCCCGAGGGAUAUUAUAAAACGGAUUUCGGCUGUCAGAAGUGCUAUCGCUCAUGCAGGGAUUGUCCCGGGUGUCCAUCAGAAGCAGACAAAAGAAAAAUAGACGUUGAAGCUCUUCUUCUAUCAGCACAGCCUGUUUCAACUCUUCAAAUUAUGAACUCCUUCAACUUUAUUACUGGUAUCACCAUCGCUGCUUGCCUCUGCAUCAUCAUGCUGUUCAUCAUACUUUUUCUUGUACUACAAAGGAAUGCCAUUCAGACGCCACCGCAACAAAGGUUCAGUAAAGUAUCGAUAAAGAAACCAAGAGUAACAUGCAACUAUAACGUGGUGGCUGUGAGUGAAGGGGAUUCUAGUGAUACAGACAGUUCAGAGGGCCGGAAAUUGAUAAAAUCAAAAACUGGGAGGACUGCAUGUUGAUAAAGUAUCCACGCUAGGUGUGUGUACAUAAAAAUUAUGAACUGAAAACUGUCUUCAUUGCCUGUGUUACCUAUAAUAAGAUAUUAAUUAAUGACUGUUCGACUCAUUAUAGCUUGAAAUUAU